CAGACGGAGCCGCAUCACAAACUUUUCCUCUCCAUGUCCAACUAUUCUGCUUUCAGGAUUAAUUUCUGCUUAAGGUCCUCCCAUUAGCUCCUGCGAGAGGACCAGCAGAUAUGGACAGAAAAAAUGUUGUGUGCAUCGUGAUUCUCCUGGUCUUCCUGGGUGUGGUAGAGACCACAGACCCUUUGACAGAUUUGGAAAACAUCGCUGGGAAGUUAGUCUUCUAUCAGAUCGAUGGAAACGCCACCUAUGUGAGGGACACAGGAGAACUGGCUUCAGAUGUUCCCACUGAGACCAUGUUUGAACUCUUUGAUCCUCAGAAGAAUUUCAGCUCGGCAAAGUUCACCUAUACAUGGGACUUAGGGAACGGAGAGGUGAUCCAAGGGACUGAGCCAGUCGUCCGCUAUCAUUACUCAGCAUCAGGGAACUACACACUGCGGCUGAAAGUAGGAGUAAAUGUGGCCAAAUAUGCACCUAUGCUCAGUGACUUCUACUCCAUGGACGUCAAAGUGCUGGAUGCCAUCAAACACAUCGAGCUGAAGGGGCCUUCUGAUUAUGAGGUGUCUCAGAACACUAGUUUGGCUUUUCAUGUCGACGGAAGUCCUCCCAUUUGGGUGUGCUGGCGCUUCCUGCCCAACUGUGAGCCGGACAAGUCUGGAAGCUGCACCCUAACCAUGCUGUAUGAAAACACCCUGCAACUGAACCACACCUUCACCUCUGCCGGCGUCCACUGCUUGGACAUCAGCGUCCGCAAUGACAUCAGCAAGCUGCAGACCUCCUUCAGCCUCUACGUCAAGAGAAGCAAUAACAUCCAUAUGUUCUUCAUCCUGUCAUGCGCUGCCAUUCUUGUCGCAACUUUCUCCUUCAUCGCAGUCAUCGCCUGCCGCCCUCGCCAUCAUGGCAGUUCACAGAUUGCUUCUUCCAGUAAUGCUUUAUUCCUGAAGAACCAAGAAUCUGAUGGCCAAAGCUCGAUUCUGUUUAACUUUACCAACAUGGAGGAAGGAGAGAAAGAGCCUCUCCUCUUGCAGUUUGGGACUCAAUACAGCUCUUAACUGUCUGUGUUCCAGCAUACUGUGACCACAUACAUGUACAGUAGAUGCAGCUUGCAUAUCACCAUGGGAUAGAUGUGUAUAGCUAAAUUUAACAAGAUAUAUAACAAUCUAUGACAUUUCUAAUAAUUCUACUUGUGUAGGCAGUGCCUGUGUGUAUUUAGGUUUAUGAUCAAAGCUGUGUUAAUGAAUAGUUUAGUCAGUAAUGUUCAAUAAGCUAGCAGGUCUAAUGUCUUCUCUAUUUUUGUAAGUAGAUGGUGGCGAUCAAUUAAUGAGUCACCGAGACUGAGCUGACA